UUCUCCAGCUCCAGCUAAAGGAGGAAAAACCCUAUUUCUUUCUCCUUUCUUUUUUUCCUGUUGAGAUCUCAAUCUCAGAGAAAGAGACAGAAGGGAGGAUAGGGUUUAGGGUGUUUUCUAUGUCUACUACACCAAUGAAUCAAUUACUUCAACAAAAUCACUAAACCUUCAUUCAAUUCAUCAGUAGCUUUUUUUCAUUUCCAUGGAGUCGCCGCCUGAACGUUCUAGUCGUAGUUAUGCAAAACGGGAUGCAGAAGAUAGCUCAGAUGUCAAGAGUGACAGGGGUGGGGAUGAUGACGAGUGGGAUGGAAGUGAUAAGAGGAAAUACAGGUCAACCAAGUCUAGGAAGUUCACCACUGGGGAUGAUGCUGAAGGAUUUGAUGGCAGUGGGAGAAGGAGAAGUUCUACUGGGGACAGGAGUGAUUCUCGUAAGAGGGCCGGCGGCUGCAGCAGCACUGUGUCUAUCAAAGCAGGCAGUGAUGAAGAUGAUUACGAGACAAGAAAAGACACGCGCUCCAAGCAAUUGAAGAAAAAGCAAGAUGAAAGUAGUUUGGAAAAGUUGAGCAGUUGGUAUCAGGAUGGAGAAUUAGACAACAAGCAGGGUGGAGGAGACAAGUCUGUGAGUAAAGGCCAUGUUCAGCCUGAUGAAAGUGAGAGAAGAAAAUUGACAUCAAAGAUCUCAAAGCAUGAGGGUUCCCGUACUGCAAGUAAGAGUAAAGAAGAAAGAUCCCAUGACGGGGAGAAUGAGAAGGCACUAGAUAGAGAUAUUAGAUAUUCAGAAAGGAAGGAUAGCAGCCGAGAGAAAGGUCACAGUUCUGCUGAGGCAGGGAAAAACUCGAGGAGAAGGGGGGAUGAAUCUGACUCCAACAGGAAAGCUGAAGAAACUCUUUCUGAGAAGCCUGGUACCAGGAGUGGAAAGGUGUCUGAUUCCAAGUACGAGUCUAAAGAAAGAAGUGUCAGAAAUGAACCCAGCGAGAGUAAAAGCAGAGGUUUGGAUUCAAACAGUGAAAAGGGCGUCAAAACUAGCAACAGAGAUGACAGAAGAGUUGACACAGAGAGGGAGAAGUAUAAGAGUAAAAGCAGGUCAGAAACUGCUGAAGAGGAUAAUAGGGCUAGUCCUCUUGCCCGUGAAGAUAGAUCAGGUCGGGAGACAAUUGAGAAGCACCGAGAGCAGAGAACUCCUACCAGAAGAGAUGCUGCUGAAAGCCAUGAAAGGUCCUCCAAUGCAGAAGAAGAUGGAAACACUUGGACCAGAGACAAAGGUGCAAGAGAGGUAGGGCGCUCUAACAGGUCCAAGACUCCCGAGAGAGGCAUUAGGCGUCAACAAGAUUUGCAACAAUCUGAAAUAGAGAAUGAAAGAAAUGUUGACAUGAGACGAAAGGAUCAAGAAAAGGAUGGCUACAGGGAUGAUAGAUCAAAAGGCAGGGAUGACAGCUGGAAUGACAGGAAUAGGGACAGGGAAAGUUCCAAAGAGAACUGGAAAAGAAGGCAAUCCUCUGGUAAUGAUAGAGAGCCUAAAGACGGAGACAUUGCUUAUGAUCGUAGCAAAGACUGGGAGCCAAGACAUGGUCGUGAAAGGAAUGACAAUGAAAGACCUCAUGGUCGAAGCAGGGGUGAAGCUGUGAAAACCUCAUCGAAUUUUGGCAUUUCAAAUGAUAAUUACGAUGUCAUAGAGGUCCCUCUUGAUCAUGGACGACCAGAGUCUAGAUCCAACUUUGCUAGGAGGAUUGAGGCCAAUCAGCUAUCUGAUGGAAGAUCAGCACCGAACACUGAAGAGUGGGCAUAUAUGCUAGAUGAAAGGGCAAGAAGGAAUGACUCACCUUUUGUUGGAGACUCAAAGGAAAAGUAUAUGGAUGAUGAUGCACCUAUGCGAGAUCCGAGUUCUUGGAGGGAUGACAUUGAGUACCAGGGAGGGAAAGGAAGAGGCCAGAAAGGGGCCAUGCCCGGUCACAGUGGUGGCGGUCAAAGUUCGAGCAGUGGUUCACAGCCUACAUAUGGAAACCAGGAUUCAGGCUCCUUUGGCAGAGGUUCUCUACAGGGAUUAAAAGGGAGCAGAGUAGGGAGAGGAGGAAGGGUGAGGCCUGCUGGGAGAGAUAAUCAACAAGUUGGACUCCCAUUGCCUUUAAUGGGAUCACCUUUUGGGCAUCUUGGAAUGCCACAUCCGGGAGCACUUCAGCCACUUGCUCCUAGUAUGUCACCUGCUCCAGGUCCUCCAAUUAGUCCAGGUGUCUUCAUUCCACCAUUUUCUCCACCAGUUGUUUGGGCUGGUGCCCGAGGUGUGGAGAUGAAUAUGCUAGGUGUCCCCCCUGUUCUCUCUGCUGUUCCUCCUGGGCCAGCAGCCCCAAGAUUUUCCCCUAACAUGGGAACUCCUCCAUCUAACCCUGCUAUCUUUUUUAAUCAAGCAGGACCUGGAAGGGGAGUGCCUCCGAGCAUAUCUGGUCCUGGUUUUAAUGCUUCUGGACCAGUAGGACGAGGAACACCACCAGAUAAAAGUGCUGGGGGUUGGGUUCCUCCUAGAAAUAAUGGUCCUCCAGGCAAAGCCCCUUCAAGAGGAGAACAGAAUGAUUACUCGCAAAAUUUUGUUGAUACUGGUAUGCGACCCCAGAACUUUAUCAGAGAGCUGGAGCUGACCAGUGUUGUAGAGGAUUACCCCAAGCUUAGGGAGCUUAUACAGAAAAAGGAUGAGAUUGUGGCUAAAUCUGCAUCUCCUCCUAUGUACAUGAAAUGUGACCUGCAUGAGUUUGAGCUGUCUCCAGAGUUCUUUGGAACCAAGUUUGAUGUUAUUUUGGUGGACCCUCCAUGGGAGGAAUAUGUUCACCGAGCUCCUGGUGUUGCUGACCAUAUGGAGUAUUGGACGUAUGAAGAAAUACUAAAUCUUAAGAUUGAGGCAAUAGCUGAUACACCUUCUUUUAUCUUCCUCUGGGUGGGUGACGGUGUUGGUCUUGAGCAAGGCCGACAAUGUUUAAAGAAGUGGGGAUUUCGGAGAUGUGAGGAUAUUUGUUGGGUGAAGACCAACAAAAGCAAUGCAACUCCAGGGCUGCGACAUGAUUCUCAUACUUUGUUUCAGCAUUCAAAGGAACACUGCUUGAUGGGCAUAAGAGGAACAGUUCGCCGCAGCACAGAUGGUCACAUAAUCCAUGCUAACAUUGAUACUGAUGUAAUUAUUGCUGAGGAACCUCCAUACGGUUCAACUCAGAAGCCUGAAGACAUGUAUCGGAUAAUUGAGCAUUUCUCUCUAGGCCGCAGAAGGCUUGAGCUCUUUGGUGAAGAUCACAAUAUUCGGUCUGGGUGGCUGACUGUUGGUAAAGGAUUAUCUUCAUCAAAUUUUAAUUCUGAGGCAUACAUCAAGAAUUUUUCUGACAAGGAUGGCAAAGUUUGGCAAGGUGGGGGUGGAAGAAAUCCUCCUGCCGAGGCACCUCAUCUUGUUGUGACUACUCCUGAUAUAGAGGCUCUGCGUCCCAAGUCACCAAUGAAGAACCAGCAGCAGCAGCAGCAGCAAUCAGUAUCUAUUUCUCUGACAACAGCCAAUUCCUCCAGCAGAAGGCCCGCAGGAAACUAUUCUCCCCAGAAUCCAAGCACUUUCGGUUUAAACCAAGAGGCCACUGGCUCCAACCCUUCAACUCCAGCCCCUUGGGCAUCAUCACCAAUGGAAGGCUAUAGAGGACGAGAAAGUGGGAAUAUGCCUUCAGAGGACAAGGUUUUUGAUAUGUAUGGUUAUAAUGGGCAGGCAAAUGCAGAUUAUCAAGAUUUUGAAUCUCACAGGCCUAUGAAGUUGUUGUAAAGAAACACUUGGGCAUAAAUUUGCCCUGUAUUGUGCCUAUAUUUUUUCCCAGUCAAUUCGCCAAAUAUAAAUGGAAAAGAAAGUAUCUGGUC